AUGCUUGAACAGAGAAAGGAUGAGAUGGAAAUGUCGGCACCGGAACCAUCGUCGGCCAUGUUCGGUGGUGUCGCAGGCGUCUCCAUUGUUGGCGGUGCAUUCAUUGUCGCCGCAGAAGCAGGGUUCUUUAGAAACGAAGAGAUCGCGAUUGAUCGGCAAAGUCGUGAGAUGGUGGACAACAUGCUGGCAACCAUGCCACGCGAAUGUGACGUACAAUUCAUUCCUGACUUCCAGCUCGUUUGUGGUCAAAGGAUUGUUGGUAAUCACGACACCACUACCACUAGUAGUCAGCGGUUGGACUUGCCCUUCUGCAGGACACUUUUAGUCAUGCCGUUUGGAUGGAAGCCGGGGUCGGAAAGUCGGCGCAUGCUGGAGUCGGCGUCCAGGAGAAUGAAGGGCGGACCAGAAAGAUGACACACCCGCUUAAAACCGCGGUCAAACGAUCGUGACUGUAUGGCGAACAGCACCCCGUUUUCCCAAUGCGAUAACACACACUCUUGUCGCAGCUUGUGCCACAAUGGAAGAGCAAGAGUGGUGUUUCUCGGUUGUCUGCAGCAAGGUUCUCAUCCAGGUUACUCGUAGGAAUGGCACUUUGGAAUUUCAUGAGUCAGGACUCUUCAUGGUUUGGAAGGAGCAAAGCAAUUUCAGGUCCAUGUUCCUCUUUCUUUGUCCAAAAGUGCAGUGAUGGGGUGUGUGGAAUCACUGGCUGGCAUCCAUGAGACCAAGAAAGUCUUUGCUUGAUGGAACCAUGACGUGAAGUUUGGGCUCGAUGGAAGAUUGGCAGAGAAGUCCGUUUGGCUAGUCAUACGUAAUAGUUCUCGCCGACUUCCAUAGAACAUGAUGCCAACAUCAAGCAAGCAACACAAUGAUAAGAGAUCCAAGUGCAUACCAACAGAGUUGUUUGCUCAUUUUCUUCGUCUGAACUGGAGUCGAAGAGCCACAGGUCAUCUACAAAUGCAGUUCGUACUUCAAUUGGACUCAAGCUGUUGUCAUCCAUUCUGUGUGUCAUCGUACUGAUGCGAUUGAAG